AUGGCAUACUUUAAUGCUCAAGAUUCACAACAUAAUCUUGAUCAUUUAACCAUCUCUAAAAUUCUCAAAGAGAAAAAUAAAUGGUUAGCCGUUAGUGAAAAUGAGAUAACAUCAAGUACUUUUCGAUAUAAAAAAGUAAAAUUUUCUUUGCUAGACCAAGCUAUAAAGUUAUGGGUUGAACAGGUUGUCAAUAAUAGGUUAUUUUUAACUGAGGCGAUUAUCAAAGAGAAGGCUGCUUAUUUUUUUAAAGCUUUAUCACUACCUGAUAAUGAAAUAAAAUUCUCUAAUGGUUGGAUAAGACAAUUUAAAAAAUGCAAUAGUUUGUGA